CCCUGACGCUCUUCAUUUUCGUCGCGUUUCGCUUCGUGCGCUGGAAUAGAAUAGAAACAGAUUUUUGGAAAAUAAAACACAACAAACGAAAAUGAAUCACCUCAGAUGGAUGGGCCACUCGUCCACAAUAAUGGAUAUCCAGCGCGUUCUGCUCCAUCAGCAAAGCAACAAUCAAAGCUGCGAGGUCCUGCUGGUGGCCAAAGAUGGCAUCAGUGUGCGCGCCCAUCUGUUCGUGCUAAGCACGUGCAGCGAUCUGAUGCGCAAUCUCCUCGUCGAUUUACCGACUGGCCAGGAGGCAACAGUCAUCCUGCCCGACAUACGCGGCGAGCUCCUGGAGAGCAUGUUGUCUUUCAUUUAUAUGGGUGAAACGAGUUUGCCCUCUGCCCUGCUCUCCGAAUUCCUCGAAGCCAUCAAUCUGCUGGGCAUCAAGUCUGCCAUUAGUUUUGAAACGAAUCCAAUAGCCAUGACCAGCACAGAUGUGAUCAGCGGCGCUAUGGCCAUCGAGGCAGCAAAGUCAAUUAGUGGAUUGCAAAUUGCAAAUGCAUCGCUUGUCGAGGAGGAGGAGGAAGAGGAUGCUGGCGCGGUGGUUGGCAAACUUCAGAUGGAUAACACAGUGCUCGCUAAUCCCCAGCAGCAACAGCAUCACGAUCAGCAGCAGGGACGAACGUUAGAGUUUCUUGAUGUGUACAGUGAUCAGCCGAAAAUAACGUAUUCCAUUGAGCAUAUGGGCGGCACUAGCAAUGGCAAUCAGUAUAUAUUAACGGAGAACACGGGCACCUUCACCAUUACACAAUCGGCAUCUUCCGUAAAUAAAUUGGGCGAUACAGUUAAUCCCGUAAUGGAUACAGCGACGCACAGCGGUGAACUGGUUGACGAUGAAGUCGAGGCGGAUGUCACCGAUGAUCACGACGAAUCCGAAUCCCAGUUAAUCGAGGAAGAGUACGGGGCAUCCGCGGAUCCUUUGAUAGAGAUCAGUGCAGAUGCAGAUGCCGAUGCUGAUAUGACCGAGGAUGUAAUGCAUGAAGUGGGUGCCGGCGACGAGGAGGAAGACGAUGAAGAACUGCUGGAUGUGAAGCCACGCAAAUCCCACCUAGACAUAAAAAUGUUAAAAACAAAGGUACGCCAGCGCGCCACGCCCACAAAAGCUGCGUCCAAAAAAGCGAUAACGAAACAGCAUCAAGAGCAUGUGGCACUGAAAAGGGAGCUCAAGGAAGAUAUCAAUGAUGCCCUUGAUCUGGCCGCAGACGCUGUCCUCCACGAGGGACUGAGUCUGCAGAAGGCUGCCGAUCGUUUUGACAUAUCCAAAACCGUAUUAUGGCGACGGGUGCGCUCCAAUCCGGCGUACAUGCGAAUCAAGCGAGAGAAGCCAUCGCUAUCGGAGGCCUACGAACGUCUGAAGAACGGCGACUCUCUGAAGAGCAUCAGCCAGGAUCUGCACAUACCGAUGUCAACGCUGCACAGGCACAAGGUACGCCUGGCGGCCCAAGGACGACUGCCUGACUCCGUCGCCUGUCGGCGGCGAGACAGCACGCCCAAGGAUGAGCUGCGCGACAAGCUGGCAAAGGCAUUACAUGCCUGCAUCAGCGGUGGCAUGUCACAGAACCAUGCCGCGAAUCUCUUCGAAAUACCCAAGAGCACACUUUGGCGACAUUUACAGCGACGCGUCACCGAAGCUGAGCGAAAAGUCAAGGAGGAGCAGGAGGAGGACGACGAGGAGGAUGGGCUUAACUAAACAUACAUACAAAACAUCCAUACAUUCGUACACACACAUUCAUGUACAUUUUAACACUUUAACAUAGUUUUCAUCUUGCAACCCUUGUAGAGAUAAUUUAACUUUAAGCUAUGUCAUUAUGGCAAAUAUGUCAUUAAAAAUGCUUACAUAUUAAUCUUAA